AAGAUCUCUCCCGGGUACCUGGGGCACCGGGAGUUACCCUAUAGCCCCCAAUCUCUCCCAGCUCUCCUUGCCACACUCGGGGCCCCUGGUCAUCCUGAUGGGUAGAGAUGUGGCCCAGUCCACAGCCGCCCAGGGUCCGGAGCCCCCGGGGCAGGCGCCUUGGAGAAGGAGGUGAGGGAGGGGAGCGAGCCGCGCCCUCGGGCCGACCUGGAGGGCGCCGCGGCCGCAGCCCGAGGGCCCCGCGUCGCUCUCCCGAGCCAGGGUUCUCGGGAGCAGGCCGCGCAGGAGACGUUGGCGGGAGGGGUUCGUAGCUGUUGGGGGAACCGGCUCCUGGGGAACAGUCCUUUCCAGGGUGGCCACCGUGGGCAGGCCGCCGUCCGCCCUCCCUGCGGACGCCGGCCAGAGGGGCGCGAGUGGCGACGUGCAGCGCGGUGCGCCCGGCACGCCCAGCUUUGCGGCUCAGGAGCCCGGGGCUGCGCGGUUAACCGCGCCGGGUAGCGCCCCGGGGGACCGAGCAUCAGCCGGCGGCGCUGCAGCAGGUUGUGGCUUGCUAGGGGAUGCGUCGCCACAGUUCCAAGAGUGGAGUCGUUCUGCCUCCGGUGGGCCAAGGUCCUGAGGCUUGCCAGAUGCUCACUCGAGCUCAGCUCGGCCAGGAUCCCCCACAGAGAACCGUACUAGGGGUGUUGACUGAAAAUGAGCAGUACAGGAGGACCUGUGGCCAGGAGAUCACAACAAUCAGAUGUUUUUCUGGAUCAGAAAAUGUCUUCCCUGGGGCUGGAAAGAAAGUGCUCCCUGACCAUGGGGUCAACGAGCCAGCCAAGCAUGGAUUUGAUAUCUACAUGGAUGAGCCCGAACAGGGCGACCGAGACAGCUGCCCAGCGAGAGAGGGGAUAGUAUUUGAGGAUGUGUACGAAGUAGACACAAGCAUGCUCAAGUCAGACCUCCACUUCCUGCUGGAUUUCAACACAGUUUCUCCAAUGCUGGUCGACUCCAAUGCCCAUGCCCAGUCAGAGGAAGCGACAGAUUUUGGCUCAGAUGUGAUUAAUGUAACGGAAUAUGCUGAAGAGAUUCACCGUUACCUGCGAGAAGCUGAAGUAAGACACAGACCCAAGGCUCACUACAUGAGGAAGCAGCCGGACAUCACGGAGGGCAUGCGCGCCAUCCUGGUGGACUGGCUGGUGGAGGUCGGGGAAGAGUAUAAACUUCGCACAGAGACCCUGUACUUGGCUGUCAACUUCCUGGACAGGAAAUACGAAGAGAUAUACCCACCCGACGUGGACGAGUUUGUCUACAUCACCGACGACACGUACACAAAGCGACAGCUCCUGAGGAUGGAGCAUCUGCUACUGAAGGUUCUAGCAUUUGAUUUGACUGUUCCCACCACCAACCAGUUCCUCCUUCAGUACUUAAGGCGGCAAGGAGUGUGCAUCAGAACCGAGAACCUGGCCAAGUAUGUUGCAGAACUGAGCCUUCUCGAAGCUGAUCCAUUCUUGAAAUAUCUUCCUUCCUUGGUAGCUGCAGCAGCUUACUGUCUGGCAAACUAUAUUGUGAACAGGCACUUCUGGCCAGAAACCCUCGUCGCGUUUACGGGCUACUCCUUAAGUGAAAUUGUGCCUUGCCUGAGUGAGCUGCAUAAAGCAUGCCUCAGUAUACCCCAUCGACCUCAGCAAGCCAUCAGGGAGAAGUACAAGACUUCAAAGUACCUGCACGUGUCCCUCAUGGAACCGCCCGUAGUUCUUCCUCUGCAGUGAGCGGCGGAGCUGAAGUACCGCCAGGACACAAGAGCCACAUCAGCAGGCUUGCUCUCUCUGAGUCGUUACAGGUUUCCACAGUUUGG